AUGGGCUGCUUUGCUUUCAUGAGGAUUGGAUUGGAGAAUUCUCCAUACUCGGAUUUGCUGGAUCCGGUAAAUUGGCUAGAAAUCAACGACAUUCUUGCCCGAGAUGCAUGCACACUUCUUGGUCUCUCCAUCAGCAGUCCUCUUGAAGUCAGCGUCACCACCGGCUGUAUUGCUCUUCCUACCCUCCUUCAAAUAAAGCAAGUAAUGAGACAGCGACAGUGCACUGGAGUGUGGAGUUCCAAGGAGGAAUUACCGGUUGAAAUUGAACUGGAGAAUGACUAUCGUUUCCAUUCAAUAUUCGCUUGCCCGAUAUUACGUCAGCAAUGCGGCCGUACCAACCCUCCAAUGAGACUGGUUUGUGGCCAUGCAAUCUCUAAAGACGCCCUCAAUAAACUGGUAACCGGAAACAAGUUGAAGUGUCCUUACUGCCCAAUGGAGAUGGACCCAAAACAGGCACAACAGAUCAGGUUUUGAUUGGCCAAGACGUUCUUUGGCUCGAAUGGGUUAAAGUGGUGCAAAUAUUGCGAACCAGGUCAGUUGGCGUUGUGUUGAGAAGAUCAUGAUUUCCCGAAAGUUCAGUUGGACUGUAGCAAAUUUUGUGCUUUGCAGGACACGUUAGAAGGGCUGAACCAUACCAUUAAAUCUCUCACUAUUUCCUGUCCAGGGUUUAAUGAGUUCUUUUAAAUUUACUGUUAUCAAGAAAAGUAGACAGUAACCUUUUGCCGACCAAUCGAGAGAAGGCUAUGAACGAAACCUAAGCUACUUCAUAGAAUCAUCUUGAUAUGGAUACAACCUAGUAAUUCUAUUUCACCAAAGAGUAGCAGCAGGUAUCUUUGAGUCUGCUGCAGGGCAGGGAAGGUACUUUUUUAAAUACCAGACAGUAUGACCGUUGAUAACGCUCAGCAAAUCCCAUAGUUCUUGAAGCAACCUAAAGCUUUUACUGUACCUGCUGAAGCGUUCUUUUUAGGCUUUUCAAGGUGGAUUGGCUUUUCUAACUCUCUAUCGCUUCUUUUAACCAAAUCAGAUUGUUUUCUUAACAUACUCUUCAUUUUUGAUACGAUAUUGCGAAUAGGAUAUUCAUACCUCUUAUCUCACUUUUCAUAAGAUGUCUCGUUUGACUGUUGAAUCGCAACUGGCAUCUUUUAUAUGAUGGAUUGACGGUGCUAAUUUUAGGUUUUGAAUUUUAUUUGGUGUAUUUAGGUUUUAAUGUAGAAAAGUGUUUCUAUUUAAAGUGAACAAAAAUUGAAAUUCUGCAUUUACAUUUGCGUAUUCUACUUCAAUUGAAAGCUAUUUGAUUAAAAUUUUGACAAGAAAAAGGUUUUUUUUAUAUUUUGUAACAAACUGUAAAUUUUCUUUCAUUUGAUCAAACGAACCCUGAAUGAAAAUUAUGGGAGGUUUAUAUGACAGUACGGAAGUAGAAUUUUUUGCAUUCUAUUCAAUUUCAAUUCCAAAUAUGAACUCACAGCAACUUAGUACGAUCAAACCACGACCAUUCUUGAAACUAUUCAGAGAGGCAGCCUGCUUUGACUCGGCGGACAGGCUAUUCCAUACUUUUGCACCUCUAUAAGAGAAACUUUUCAUCGGUAGCCUCAGGCCGGUCACCGUAUCCCGAAGGCUGUAUAAUGACCAGGACGAAUUUCAGGUGAAAAGGUCGCACAGGUAUUGCAUAGGCGGCAACCCCCUCACUUUUUUUGCAAAAAAGUGUUUUUAAGAGAAUAGAAGAAAAAAUAGCGCGAUAAAUCCCUUUACAGUAUUGCUUUAUUUCAAAGGAAUAAGCCGGGGUCUAUGGUGCCCGAUGAAGUAAUGAAUUCCAUUUUAAGACUGGAAUUAAUCAAACGUAUAAAACCAUGCCUUAAAAAUACAAAAUAUUUGCAAAAAGGACCGCAAGUAACAGUGUGAAAUGUUUUUUACGCUAGUCUAGAGGGCGUGGUAGCAAAAAUUUUCUGUUUGCUUCGCUCGCAAGGAAGCCUCCUCUGUGGUUAUACCUAGUGCCUGCGACAACCACUCGCCGGCCUUCCAGUGUACCGCUAGCAUUACAAGUGACCCAUAAAAUCAUAGGCAUAGAAUAUCGUGAAGCAUUUCAGUGCGUUUUUCAAAAGUUGUUUUCUUAGUUUAAUAACGUUAUCAACUCGAGCCCCACUUUGAAUUUAUUGGCGCCGCCCCUGUAUUGUGGAACCAGUUCAUUCAGGGGCUUAAAGACCAUUGUCUUAGAUUCUUCAUUAACAAGUUCCACAACGGUCUUCCACCCAGCCCUUUAAUGAGAGGUUUGCUUGGAGCAUCAAAGCUGCUAUUCGUUAUUAUCAUAGCCAUACGGUUUUGAAUUUUUGUAGCUGAUUAACUUGAGUUAAACCGGCGCAGCUCCAGACAGAACAGCUAACAGCAGUAUCGAAAGUGGGACUCCACAAUACCUGUCUAAAAAGUUUGCAAUGUUUCUUUAGGGAGAAAAGACAUGGCAAUGCCUUAAAAAGCCAACUGCCCUCGAGACCUUCAUAGAAACUGCCUUGAUUUGCUCUUUCCAAUCCAGGGAGCAGUCAAUUUGCAUACCAAGGUGUUUUGUUUUUUGACUGCUUCAGGCUCACUAUGACGAAUUUUCAGAACCAAAUUUUUGUUUUGAGUUUUGAGAAGGUUGUGGUUGGUAGAAAUCAGCAUGGAAUGAGUUUUCGCAAUAUUCAGGGAAAGCUUGUUGCCUUGUAGCCGCCAAGUGUCCAGUUUUUUAAGGUCACUCAAUAUUAAUAGCCUCACUUAGCCGAGUCAAAUCGUGAGACUGGUACCACAAACUGGUAUCAUCAGCAUACAUAUAAACGGUAUAACCUCUCUGUUGAUUGUUUGAGGUGAUCUACAAAGAUAAAGUCCAUUCCCUAAGACAAAUGUUUCAGUUGCAGAAAGAGAAUAAUCCGAUAAAUUAAAAUAUAUUUUUUGGUAUCGCUCAACAAGCCACCGAAAGAUUUCCUUACUAGCAUACCAAUAUUCCUAUUGUUUUUUUCCGUGGUAUGUUUUAGUAUCCGCUGGUCAAUUUCAGACGAUUUGGGAUAUCUAAAAGAUGUUGGCCGAUGGCAGCAUCGCUUGUUUUAACGGCGCUUCUAGACCUACAAGAUCAAGAAAGCUGUCAAGGAUCUUGAAUUCUUGAAAAGAAAUCUUAAAAUCUAGAAAAGAAAUCCUGAAAUUUCAAAAACCUUUUGGCAGUUGCUGAAAGAUUUUGCAAAAUUCUGGCAUAUUCGAAGCCUAUUUGAAAAGAAUCCUUGACAAAAAUCAGUAUGAUAAUCAGUAUCAGUUUAUAAAUCAGCAUCUCUUAUCAUGAGAAAAGCGUUCACAUCAAGCACCUUUGCCUCUGCUCACCUGCCCAAAAAUAGCUAGCCCCUAAUUUGACUCAGAAACUCGAUGUGACGUCACCAAAAUUUACUUUUAGAUUUUUUAAUUUUGACUAUAGCUCCUAAAAGAGCAUUAUGAAUACCUCUCAAUGUACAAAAUUUGUUGAAUGUGUUACAAAUUGGCUGAGACAUUGUCAUAUGAGCUCAGGCUUUGGUCUUAGUUGAUAACUUUAUGAACCAGGCCAGAAUAACAACAAUCCGUUUGCAAACUUGCAAUCUUUCAUCGGUCAUAUCUCACCCAAUUUUGAAUAUAAUUUUGCAUGUUGAGAGAUAUUUAUGCUGUUCUAAAUUAAGAAGUUCUAAAAAUUGUCAGCAACAAAACCUCGAACACCAACAUAAAAAAGUUCUUUCUUCAGCAUCAAGUAUUGAAUUCUACACCCCCCCCCCAGGGGGGUUAAUCCAACUGUGACGGUAAACACUUUAAAGCAGCAGUUUUAUCCUUGCUAGAAAUUCAUUUUCGUUUGGUGCACAAGUUCC